UUGUUUCCAAGUUUAGAUUUUUUUUCCCUUAAUUACCAUUCCUUUCUUGAUACUAAUCUUAAUUAUCAUCCACCAAAAUAAUAAAAUCUCUGUCUGUUCAAUUAGAUCCCAAAUGUCCAAAACUUUCCAAUUGGAUUCGUGUGUGCUGGCAGCCACUGGACAUUUUUUUCUUGGAACUCUCCAAACCUCGAUCUUCUUGUCCCUCUUGUCCCCUUUCCAACUUUGUUGUGCUGGACAUAUUUGGCUGCUUUGAAAGAAAAAAACCCAGAAUAGGAAAUCCAAUUCAAGACCAAGAAAUGAGGUAAUAUCUUGAAAACCAGAGUAGAGUUAAGGUUGCCUUACACCUGCUCUUGUCCUGUAAUAUUUUUUAUCAUGUUCAAGAUUUAUGUCUACUUUUAGUUCUCUUAUCUGAUUUGUGUCUCUUAAAUUCUUGAUUUGUUGUCUGCACUAACUUAUGAAAACAGAGCAAAUAAAAAGAGAGUUUUGUUGCUAUGUUUUUUAUGGAAUUUUUUUUUCUUUUGUUGAUUUUUGAUUUACGAGGUUUAAGGAGGAGAUAGAAAAAAAAAAUAGAAUCAGGUUCAUGGCAGGAUGGUUAAUUUUAACAAAUGGGUCUACUUUAGAUUGUCCUGAUGAUAUUAUUUAUAGAUACAAGGGUGGUAGUGGUGGUGGUUGUCCAGAUAUUAAUCAUCCUAUGAAGGAUGAGAUUAAGGAGUGUAUUGUUGUUGAUGAUUCCGAUGAGGAUGAUUGUGAUUGUGAGGAUAAAGUAGUAUGCUUGUUUGAUGAAGUGGUUUCGAUUUUUUUGAAUGAGGCUGCAGAUGGAGGGUGUAUUAGGCCUAUUCCAGCAUUGCUCGGUGAUGGGCAAUCGUUAGAUUUGUUCAAACUCUUUUGGGUUGUGAGAAAGAGAGGUGGGUUUGAUUUGGUAAAUGGUUUUUGGAGCUUUGUGGCUAAAGAAUUAGGGUUGGAUCUUCGAUUUUCGCCUUCAGUUAAAUUGAUUUAUAUUAAGUAUUUGUAUGAGUUGGAAAAAUGUAUGAAGAUUUGUAGCGAUGAGAAGUUAAGAAAGGAGAUGCAUCGAUGUGAUGGGAAUUUGAGUUUUUCGUUGUUGGAGCUAGAGAUGCAGUUUAGAAGUUUGUUAUUGCUUAGAUGUGAUAGAAAGCAGGGAGAUGGUAAAUUUGCUUCACUAGGAUAUAAGGUAAAUGGCAGGUACAUUGAAACGGACACUGGGAAGAGAAAAAUAGGUUUGUUAGGCACCAAAGAAGUACAUCGAAUACACAAUGAUGUUGGAGAUAGGAAUGGUGAUGAUGAUGAAAAGUUUCAUGGUGAAAAGGAGAAUUACUGUGACGAUAGUGAUGAUGAUGUUGUGAUCUUGGAUCCAAGUAUUGCUAAGAAAGAAUUCAAUUCCCGCAAGAGAAAACGAGAAUCUCUAACAAGAAUGCUUAACUGGGUAAUCCAAAUUGCAAAAUGUCCUAAUGAUCCUUCCAUUCGAGUAAUUCACAGAGGUGAUGAGUUGUGGUCCCAAGCAAUAAGGGCACGAGAAGCUCUCUUGCAAAGAAGGCAUGUCAAUCCUAACAUCGAACAAUCGCUCGUGCAGGUAUGCAAUAUGAACUUACAGAACAAUCAAAAGAUGCAUCCAUCCAUGUUUGAGGAUGUUAGUUUUCUAAGUGAGCAGUCUGCCGAGAGGUCAAGAUGCAGCAAGCGGCAUCCUGCUAUAGUGAAACCUCAUUUAUGCUAUUGUUGUAACUCAUGUUCAGCCCAUCAAAGUAAAUCAGCAAGUCUUCUCAAGUGUGAGAACGCCUGUAAGGAGCAAGAACACGACCUUAAGCAAGAACUUGUCAUUGAUGAUUUAUCAUCCAAACACACAACACUCAGUGGAUCUGGGGAUAAGCAUGUCCGUAGGCAUGUGGCUGUGGGUCCUCUCUUCCAAGCUGAAGUCCCUGAGUGGAUUGGCGUGGUUUCUGAGAGUGCCUCUAAAUGGCUGGGCACUCGACUAUGGCCUUUGGAAUGUGAAAACCAUAAUGCUCCAGUUGCAAUGGAUCCAAUCGGAAAGGGAGGGAUCAGUUUAUGUGGCUGUCAGCUUCCAGGUUCAGUUGGAUGUGUUAGAUUUCAUAUUGCUGAAAAAAGAAUGAAAUUGAAGCUCGAACUGGGUCCUUUGUUCUAUCAUUGGCGGUUUGAUCACAUGGGUGAAGAAGUUUCACUUAGAUGGACCACCGAAGAAGAAAAGAGAUUCAAGGAUAUGGUCAGGUUUAACCCUCAAUCUGCGGGCAAGUGCUUCUGGGACAACAAACGUAAGUGUUUUCCUAGAAAGACCAGGGAAGAAUUGAUAAGCUAUUACUUCAAUGCAUAUCUUGUUCAGCGCAGAAGUUAUCAGAACCGUGUAACUCCAAAAUAUAUUGAUAGUGAUGAUGAUGAAACAAAGUUUGGAUCUCUGAGUGAUGCUUAUGGUCAUGAAGCACUCACGGUUCCUGGUGCCAACAUGUUGAUCUGUUCUGAGAAUAAACAAUGCACCGAUUUCACAUAGACACCACAGCGUAACUCAAUGCUCCCAAAAAUUUUGAUUGGACCAGGUGGUCGAGAUGCAGUUGUGAACACUACUAUUGCAGGCGGAGUUUUCUUGAUAAACUGGGGAGAAAGAAAUUGCAUGAUAUGCUAAAAGUUCCCUCGCGCUACUUCUCGAGUAACUCGAAUUAUGCAUUUGUGCAUAUUGAUUUUCAGGAGCCGCGUUACUACUUAAAACGGCAGCAUUAUCUAGACCAUCAUCCCAUACCAGCUACUGUAUCUGGGAUGAAGGAAAUUUUAGGAACGAAAGAGAGUUGCAGAUAGUGGUGUUUCUUUGGAUUCAAGUGUUUUCUUGUGUGUUCAAAAUGUUGUAUAUGGUUGCAUGCCUGCCCGUGUGAAUUCUUUAAACCAUUGUUCAAUGUUGUGGUGGACGUCGCAGUGGUUGUUUCUGCAAUGGUAACUUUCCUUCUCCCACUACGUACCCUUUCGAUGAUGUUAAAUAUUCCUGGAGUAGUUACGUGUAUUACUGGCAGUUUGAGGAUCGAUGUUCAUAGAAAGUUGUACCAUCUCAGUUUUUCUCAAUCUGAUCUCAAAGAUGUCUCUUUGUUUAUAA